AGGAUCGUUGCUCUACAUACUGCUCGGUGUCAGCAGUGUGCGACUAGUCUGGUCUGAUAUAGGAGAUCUCCAAUGACAAGAUGGCCGUGGAGCAUUAAGGGGAAUCUGUCAACUCUCUCAGAUACACUGAAAUAAUAUUUUGUGCUUUCUAUAAUAAUGGGUUUAUCACAAAGCACCGGUGCGUCGGAAGGAGGAACAGAUGGAUACCACGUCCACGGGGUGCAGGAGAAUUCCCCUGCUGAGAAAGCUGGGCUGGAGCCGUUCUUUGACUUCAUCCUCUCUCUGGGAGACCACAGACUGAACCAGGAGAAUGACGUGCUGAAGGACCUUCUGAAGGCUAAUGUGGAGAAGGCGGUGAUCAUGGAGGUGUACAGCACUAAGACCAUGAGGCUGAGGGAGGUGGAGGUGGUGCCCAGUAACAUGUGGGGAGGACAGGGUCUGCUGGGGGCAUCUGUCAGGUUCUGUAGCUACCAAGGAGCCAACGAGAACGUCUGGCAUGUACUGGAUGUGGAUGUGAACUCACCAGCUGCGUUGGCCAGCCUUCAGGCCCACAGUGACUUCAUCGUUGGAGCAGACCAGGUGUUGCAGGAUUCGGAGGACUUCUUCUCGCUGAUCGAGGCCCACGAGGGGAAACCUCUGAAACUGCUGAUCUACAACACAGAGACAAACUCCUGCAGAGAGGUGGUGGUCACACCCAACGGGGCCUGGGGAGGAGAGGGGAGUUUGGGUUGCGGUAUCGGAUACGGCUACUUGCACAGGAUCCCAUCCAUGUUCCCCUCUCUCCCUGAAGAUGACUCCAAACCAGAGAUACCCGCCAAUGGAUACCAAGAGGCGUCUCUGAUGGUGGGUCAGUCUGGCCCACGCCUGGGACAGGGAACAGAGAGAACAGACCAAGAUAACAGACUGGAACAGAUCACUCUGCAGGAAGAGGACAGUCCUCUACCUCCACCCAUACAGGGAGUCAUGGUUCCAGGCUUCUCUGAGUCUGAGGUGGCUAUGAUGGCCCCUGACCCAUCAGAAGACAUGGCUGAUCGGCUGGACCUGUCCGUCUCGUCCAUCGACAUGACCGGCACCUCUCUGGCCGUACACGAGGAUGUGAAUGAGGAAAAAGACAGCAACGACAUCUCCGGCAUCGAAGAGCUGGGUGACGGUGAGCUUCCUGAGACGCCACCAGAGAACUGGAUGGAGACUGAACCUCGGGAGUCCCUUAUCAUGCCUACCGAAUCACAAGACCAAGCGUCCGAAUCCGCUGGAUCCCCUGACACAGUUGUGGAGGCUCCAUUCGCCCCUCCUCCUGUCGUUGAGUCCCUCGCCCCUCUCGUCCAUGCUGAAGCUUCUCUCCCAGACCCAGACAUCACCUCUUUCUCCCCCUCCCCUCCCCUGGACCUCCUGCCCCAGGACCAGCUCCAGCCAGAGCCCCAGGCUGACCUCCGGCUUCAGCCCCAGAUAAGUGACAUCUUGGUGGGGGACUCACUCACUCAGGAGGACGUCCCAUUGGAUGGAACACCACCAGAGCCAAUGGUAGAGCCUGACGUCAUCAGCUCACUGGAGCAACUCUCUGUGGAGCAGUCUGAAACCGCCGCAGCGGAACACCACCAUGAUGACCACGAGUGUUGCCAUGACCACCACCACGAGGUCAGCAACCAGGAAGUGGAGGAAGAGUAGCUUUGUGUGUUUCUGCCUGAAGAAACACUAGCAGAGAUACUGAGCAGUCAAACAACAUGGGGCAUUUUCAGAACGUUGGUGAACAGACCUGGGGUGAUGUAUUGAGAUGAGACACUAAUAGAAAGAAAUGUAAUGAAUUUGACUGACACGGUUCCCCAAUUUUAUAUGAUGACGAUGGAUGUCUGUUCUACACUAUACAUUUCUAUCUGAACAUCCUAAACAGGUCUUUGGUAUAUGAGUGAUGGCGAGCAUACAGUCUACAGUUGGUAAUACGGUAUGGUCCGAGAGAACGUUGUACAGUUUUUUUUUUUUUUUAAACGACUGGUUGGAUGGUUCGAAGGGUCACGAGACAGAUCAUGGUAGAAAUACUCAGACAUACAUAACAAUAGCUCUCUUGUAUUUUUGGGUGUAGGAUCCUAUGUUACAAGUUCAGCUUAAUGCUCCAAUUAGCCAUAAGGGUUGCAAUGUUAUGAACAUUUUGUAGUUUGUUUUAGUGUAAAAAAAAAAGUAAUUAUUUUUUAUUAUUGUUUUGGAUUUCUUAAAAAAACUAACAAAUCAAGGAAUGGAAUGGCCGUGUUAUAGAUCCUAAGAUAAUUACACACACAGAUAAAUACAUUCAUUAUAUAUUGUUGAACUACUUUAUAGAAUUCACUACGACAAACCAGUGAUGUAUAAACUUAAAGCAUAGUUGCACCUUUUUUAAUAUUUUAUUUGUGAAAACAACUCAACUUUUUUUUUUUGUCCAGUAAUUGUACUAUUCCUGUUGAAAUACACUACUUGACAAAUACGAGUGGACCUCAUAGGCCUGGGUCUAAUACAUUCAAAUACUUGAGCUGCGCUUGAUUUAGUUUGCCAGUAGACUUGCAUGGCCCUCCUUCUAAAUCCCGUCUCGUUGACUCGAACGUGAGAAGCCUGGGCUUCUGAGGGUAGUUUGCCAGGUACAAUGGAAUAGUCUCAAAAGUGCAAACUUCAAGCUAAAUGAAGUGCAUCUCAAAUGUAUUUUUGACAUAUAUUUUUACAUCCAUACUUGAACCAGGUUCAGUACCUCAUGACAUCUAUAUAAUCAAUCGGGUACAGCUUUUUGUUGCUCUUUUUAAAACACCUAUCAUUUGGAAGGGUUCAAGGUGAACCUUUGUAAAGGCCGUCAUUGUAAAUAAGAAUUUGUUCUUAACUGACUUGCCUAGUUAAAUAAAAGUUAAUAAAUAUCCUUCGCACUUCAGCAAACAAAGGAGCAACAAUGAUUUAAAAACCAUGUGAAGGACCUACCAAGACAAACAGCCAAACGGACUAGGUAGAGGCAGAAAGGAGUUUUGGAGCACUCCACACAAAAAGGCAGAGUUUUAUUUAAGCUCACUUUAACCCAUUGUACAGGAUGAGAACAGGUGAUGUCUUCCUUGGUUACUGUUAUAGGAAUCCAUGUUAAAUUAAGUUUAAAAUAUUUGAAAAAGUCAUUGUUUUUAAAGCAUCAAAUAUAGCAAUAUUUGUUAGUUUUGUGUUUACAAAAGAAAGACAUUUUUAAUGUGGGAUCAGGUUGUAGUUUUUAGUUCUUAAAUUCAAGAAAGUUGAAUCUGUACUUAAGAGGUAGAGGUAGACCUGUUUUCAAUAAGUUACAGUGCAUUUAUUUGUUGGACAAUAUAAUUUUUAUGGAUUUCUGUAGCGUAAGGGCCAGAUUCAAUCCGAUCGCGUUUUGUCGGCUAUGCACCUUUUUAUAAAGUCAAUGUUCCUGUGUUCGCGGAGACCGCAUUCACCAAAGCUGUAUAUGUUGGCUCAAUAGUAAAUUACCUUUGAAUGUCAAGCGUGCUAAAUCUCAAAUCUACCGAAUGAUCGGAUUGAAUCCCAGCCUUUGUUGCAGUGCAUUUAUUUUUAAACGGUGUCAUGUUAUGGAUUUCUGUACACCCUAGGUGAAAGGUCAUUAUUUUGUAAACAUACAGUAGGGAAAGUCUCAUUCCUCCAUGUUACCUCUUAUGUUUUGUCAUUUUUGUGAUCUAUGCAAUUGUCAGCCAUGUUUGUAGUUUGUGACUUUCUUUUGCUGUACGCAACAUACUGUACUGUAGCCAUCAUGGAAGUCAUCUGUAAGCUGGAACCACAGACAAUACAGUAUCAGGGUUGGGGUCAAUUCCAUUUUAAAUUAGACAGUUCAGGAAGUACAUUGAAAUUUCCAAUUCUCUUAAAUUCUUUCUGAAUUGACUGGACCUCAACCCUGUACAGUAGCUUCUGAUUAAAUAGUGACACUACUGUUGUUAGUUUAAAGGUUUUGUGCAAAUGCUUUUCUGUAAGGGAAGGUUCUUUUUGAUGUUUUUGAUUUAGGCUAGGUACUUAGUUGCGAGAAAUGAGAGGAGGGGAAAGUAUUUUUGCUAAUAUUUUAUCAAUGGAUGGAGCGUUUUUAUUGUUAAGAAUGAGUGCAAAUGAAAUUGUGAAAAUUGAUGAAUAUUCUCUGUAAAGCUUCUGAUGAAAAAAUGGAAUCACUUCUAGUCACUGGAAUAAAAAUGGUCACAAUUUUA